AUGGCUGGCAUCAGUACCGAUCGUAUGCGAGCAGAAGUGCGGAAGCUGCUGGCAGAAGUCGACUUGAAAAGUACUUCAGUAGGCCAACUUCGUGCGUCAUUGGAAACAUCCCUCGGCCUCGGGCCGGGAGCUCUGGAGACCCAGAAGGACGAAGUUCAGCGCAUAUUCUCCUCCGAGAUUAGUCAGCUCCAUGCCGCCGAGUCUACAGAAGGCGGUCGCGGGCAGAAGAAGGAAGAUACCACUCAGAACAUCGGAGGUGCAAGCAAAAAGGCAGACUCUCAUAAGCGAUCAGACGAGAAGAGGAAGGCCAAAGAUGCCAAAGAUAAGAAAAGCAAGAAGGAGAAGGAUUCCAAAGACGACCGGAAAAGAGCGAAAGUCGAGGAAGAAGCACCGCAUCCACCAAAUGCAGGCCUUCCCUCGACCUCGUGCAGAUCUGCGCAGAACAUGAAGUAUCCGAAAGAGAAGGAAGAGGAGAAACGGGCUGCGGAGGAAGAGGAAGCAGAUGGCUUGGAGGCCGAAGAUGUGGAUGUGGACGUCGGAAAGCCGGCGGCCGCACCUAUUUUCGACAAUUGGGAUCCCACACCGCUUCCGGUCCCUGCCUUUGAACCGACUUCAAUUGCUGAGCCAGCCAGGGCUUCAGCCAUGGUUCUGAGUGGUUCUGAAGACGGCACAGUGCGGUUGUGGGAUUUGGAGUUGGAAACGAAAUGUAUCCGUGUUCUGGAAGGUCACACAGGAACUGUCCACUCCUUGACAGUCAACUGGGAAACCUUUGAAGCCGUGAGUGGCGCGGAUGACUCCUCAAAACUUUGGAAUCUGAAGCUAGGUGGUUGCCAAAAGACGAUGACCGAGGUUCCGGAAGGUUGCACGGCAGUCGAAGCAGACUGGACCGGUCGCCGCGCGCUUGCCGGAUGCGGGGACGGCUCCUUGAGAGUAUGGUCCAUGACCACUGCAGACCUGCAAACGACCUUCCCGGCACACCGUGGCGGUGUCUGGGCAUUAAAAGCUGACUUCAAGAGCAACAGGCUGGUCAGUGCUGGAGACGAAAACUUCAAGAUCUGGGAUGUACGCGAUUGGACAUGUGUACACACAUCCAGCGGACAUGCUGGUGGCUUGAUGUGUAUCUCAGUAAACUGGACGAAGUCCCAGCUGCUUGCUGGAACCGGAAGCUCGACCAAGCAUCUGCAGCUGUGGAACUUCGCGGCUCCUCGCAGAAAGUUAUUGGAAGUGGAAUGUUCGGCAUUGCAGUUCUACGAUGUAAUACAUGAGGCCCCGUUUGCUCUUCCCGAUUAUGCAGAGAGUGAAACGACCGAUCCUAAUGCGUCCAAAGCAGAUUUACUACAAGGACAUGCGGAUGUUGUGGCAGACCUUGCCGUGGAUUGGACCAAUGGUACUGCAGUCACGGCUGGCUGGGAUGCCCAACUCAUCACCUGGAACCUGGAGAAAAAGACCCAAAUACAAGUGCACGAAUGCAAAUUUGGCCGCGUACGAUCUUUGGCAGUUGAUUUCAAAGUGCAGCAGGCUCUGUGCGGCUCGAGCAAUGGAAGCUUGCAUCUCAUGGACUUGCACAAUGGGUUAACUCAGCGCAGCCUGGAGGGCCAUGGUGGUGCAGUCACAGCAUUGAAUGUGCAGAGAAUGGUCGUGUGA